AUGGUACAUAAAACAUUAGUAACAGAGCAAAAAUGGUUCAAAGAGAGUCCUUUGGGAGGACCUUGUGGAAGAUACGGUCAUCGAUGUGUCGUAUACGAAGACACCAUGUACCUCAACGGAGGCUAUAACGGAAAAGAAAGAAUGAAAGAUACAUUUGCCUUUAAUUUAGAAAAGAGAGUUUGGCGAGAAAUAGAAAACAAAGGUGAAGUGCCUUCGGAACGAGAUUGCCACUCAGCAGUACUUUACAAACACUAUAUGGUCAUCUUUGGUGGUGGUGAUGGAUUUAACUGGCUCAAUGACAUGUACAUGUUUGAUAUCAAGACGGAAACCUGGAAAAAGGUCGAACCAAAAGGACAAGUGCCAAGUGGAAGAGCAGGACAUUCAGCCAAUGUAUACAAAGACAAAAUGUUUGUCUUUGGUGGAUGGAAUGGAAGAAGAACCCUUAAUUGCCUUUAUUGUUUCGAUUUUAUGACUGGAUACUGGACACGAGUUGAGACUCAAGGAGUGCCUCCUCAAAGCAGAGACUCACAUACAUGCAAUUUGGUUGGAGACAAAUUAAUUGUCAUUGGUGGUGGAGACGGCAAGCAAAGGCUAAACGAUUUACAUGAGUAUGACAUUCUAACAAAUAGAUGGAGAAAACUUUCAUACAUUGGUGAGGUGAAUGCUGGUCGAGCAGGACACGUGAGCGUGGUGUUCGACCAAAAGAUUUACAUUUUCGCAGGUGGUGACGGUUCGAAUUGGCUCACCGAUGUUUACGAAUGCGAUACAACCUGCAUGAAAUGGACACUCAUUGAAACCAUUGGAGCUUGCAACGAAGCCAACAUUGCUCCAGGUUGCUAUGGUCUCUCAGCUGUCUUGUACAAGACAAGCAUGGUCAUUUUCGGCGGUGGUGAUGGAAAAUCGUGGCAUAACAAGAUUUAUGAAUUCAAGUUGGGCGAUGAACGAAGAAAGAGAGAAACCAGAAAGAAUCUCUUCCAUGAAUGCCUCAAUAAUAACCUCACAGAUAUAGGAUUCGUGUUUGGCGAUGAUAUCCCUUCGAACAUGUAUGCAUCCAUGCUUUCAAAGAAGUUAGAAGAGACAACUCCAGAAAUCAAACAGCCAAAGAAGGCACUCAAAGAACCUUCCGUUUCCUCACUCCUUAGUACAAGCACAGUCUCACGAGGCUCAAUGGAUUUGAAUUCGAUUAACUUUCGAGAUUUCUUGGACUUUGAAGAAGCAUUACACAACUCGAGGAUGGACGAAAGCGAUCUUUAA